AUGGAGGGGGUUCUAUACAAGUGGACCAAUUAUCUCACAGGUUGGCAGCCCCGCUGGUUUGUUUUAGAUAAUGGAAUCCUUUCCUACUAUGAUUCACAGGAUGAUGUUUGCAAAGGAAGUAAAGGAAGUAUAAAGAUGGCAGUUUGUGAAAUUAAAGUCCACUCAGCAGACAACACACGAAUGGAAUUAAUCAUUCCAGGAGAGCAGCAUUUCUACAUGAAAGCAGUGAAUGCAGCUGAAAGACAAAGGUGGCUGGUUGCUCUGGGGAGCUCUAAAGCCUGUUUGAUGGAUACUAGGACUAAAAAAGAAAAAGAAAUAAGUGAAACCAGUGAAUCUCUGAAAACCAAAAUGUCUGAACUUCGCCUCUACUGUGACCUCCUGAUGCAGCAGGUUCAUACCAUCCAGGAAUUUGUUCACCAUGAUGAGACUCACUCAUCUUCCAGUGUGGAGAACAUGAAUGAAGCCUCUUCUCUACUUAGUGCCACUUGUAAUACGUUCAUCACAACACUGGAGGAAUGUGUGAAGAUAGCAAAUGCCAAGUUUAAGCCUGAGAUGUUCCAGUUGCCCCAUCCCGAUCCUUUAAUUUCUCCUGUGUCACCUUCUCCUGUUCAAAUGAUGAAGCGUUCUGUCAGCCACCCUGGAACUUGUAAUUCAGAGAGGAGUAGCCACUCCAUAAAAGAACCAGUAUCUGCACUUCACCGGCUUACCCAGAGACGCCGAAGAACCUACUCAGAUACAGACUCUUGUAAUGAUAUCCCCCCUGAAGACUCAGAAAGACCUCUUCACUAUUCAAGGAAUACACUUAAUGGAGAUUUGGCAUCAGCAUCCAUUCCUGAAGAACACAGAUACAUGGCCAAAAAGAAAUCGGAAUCGGAAGAUCUUCUUCCGUCGUUCUCUUCCUGA